UCAUUUUUCUAUUACUUGGAGAUCAUCAUGAAUACAGUUCUUGUGAAGCAGAGAUAAUAUUACCCAUUCUCAUUGCUAGCCCUGUCCUUUCUCUUAGAAGUAGAUUGCCAGCAGAGUAUGUUUGGUUACAACUGAAAAGGCAUUCUGAAAUAGAGAUUAGAAGAUGGAUCUCAUCAAAUUUUUCACACAACUGAUCCAGGGAAAAGCACAUAAGCUGGACUUUCAAAUGACAUAAUUAUAUCUACCAUUGUUAUGAAAUGCCACCAUGAGGAACUUUUUGACAUUUUCAAAUUUGACCUUUGUCAUCAUUAAAUAUUAUCAGAUAUAGAUGAACAGAUUUUCCUUUGACUGUAUUUUUGAGAAUCAUGCAAAACCAGAGCUUUGUCACUGAGUUCUUACUCCUGGGACUUUCACAGAAUCCAAAGGUUCAGAAAAUAGUAUUUGUUGUAUUUUUGUUUGUCUACAUUGCAACAGUUGGGGGCAACAUGAUAAUUGUGGUGACCAUAAUAUGUAAUCGUUCACUUCUAGACUCGCCCAUGUAUUUCUUCUUGGCAUCCCUGUCCUUUUUGGAUGCAUGCAUUUCCUCUGUUAUCACACCAAAAAUAACUGUGGACUUGCUUUAUAAGAGGAGGACCAUUUCUUUUGAAGGUUGCAUGGCACAAGUCUUUGCUGUCCACUUCUUUACUGGGGUAGAGGUGAUUGUAUUGAUAUCCAUGGCCUAUGACCGCUAUGUGGCCAUUUGUAAGCCCUUGUACUAUUCUUCCAUCAUGAACAGGAGGCUCUGUGGAAUUCUGGUGGGGAUGGCCUGGACAGGGGGCUUCUUGCAUUCUACCAUACAAAUUAUCUUCAUUUUGUGUCUGCCCUUUUGUGGUCCCAAUGUCAUUGAUCACUUCUUGUGUGACUUGUUCCCAUUACUGAAGCUUGCUUGCACUGACACACAUAUUUUUAUCAUUUUGGUGUUUGCUAACAGUGGGUCUUUCUGCAUCAUCAUUUUUUCCUUGUUGCUUGUUUCCUAUGGUGUCAUCUUGUUCUCUCUGAGAACCCACAGUUCUGAAGGGAGACAUAAAGCUCUCUCUACAUGUGGGUCCCACAUUACUGUUGUAGUUUUGUUCUUUGUGCCAUGCAUAAUAAUAUAUGCACGACCUACAUCUGCCUUCUUCUCUGAAAAAAACAUGUUUUUAUUUGCUACCAUCCUGACACCAUUGCUAAAUCCUAUGAUUUACACCUUUAGGAAUAAGGAGAUGAAGAAUGCUAUAAGGAAAAUGUGGAAGAGAUUGAUAUUGGAUUAUAUCUUAAAAUAA